AAUCUUUAUGUAUUUUGUUUUCUUAAGACUUUUAAUACAACUUGUAAACAUUAUUUUAAACGUAUCAAAACAAUAUUAGAUGUUAACUGUUAACAGAAAACCUAUUGGCUGAUUUGCUUAGCAAAAAAGCAAUAAUUUACUCCCACUGUAUGAAUGAUUAUAUUAGCUACACAGAUUAUUUUUAGUUAAUCAAAUGCUUUAUACCACGACUUGCAUGAGUAUAAAACGUUUUUACAAAAGGAAACGUACUAUAAAUCAGGUUAAAUGUGAGGUUAACAAUUGGAUGGAAUACGUUAUUUUUUUUUCUCAAUUUAUCUUUGCCUCUCAAUCACAAAGUGAUUUGAAAUGUAUUUAUUAUCAAGUUAUGUCUGAAGAUGAUAAGGCGAUAUUUCGAAAUAAAUCAACAAAUAAACAGCUCUAUAACAUAUUUGUUUACGUUUUAAAAGAAUUUUCAUUAUUCACUUAUCAGGUAUUUUAUAUUACAGCAUUGUCAUCAGAAAAAAGGAGAUAUUCAGUACAGAAUGCAUCCGGAUCUGGAGCCCUUCCUCCAAGAAACAGUCCACGUGCAACACCAUAUUUGAAUACGCCGGUUACAUCAGCUGGACCAAUACCUGUAUCAUCGACAAUUCCAAGAGCAUCGAUCGCAUGUAUCCCAUUGAGUGUUCAGGCUCAAAUUCAACAAAACCAAGCAAUUAAAUCUGAACAACCUUCUAUUGCAAAACCUACACCAUCACCUUUGACAAAAACUUUUGUUACAACUCAAGUAACACCCAGAGCAUCUAUAAGCAAAGUUUCUGAAUCAGAUAUAGAACAUACUAAAAAACUUAAUCGUCUACCAAAAUCUUUUCAAUGUGAUUGUUGUCAACAUGUUACUGUGACCAGAAUAACAUAUCAUGUUGGUGUUUUAACAUGGCUUAUGGCAGUGUUAAUUUUUUUAUGUGGUGGCGUUCUAGGCUGUUUUCUGAUACCAUUCUUUACAAAUUGUUGUAAAGAUGUUAAACAUGAAUGUCCAUUCUGUGGUACAGAAAUUGGUAUGGUUAAAUGUAUCUAAAUGUGUUUUUUUUAUUUAUUACUGGACAAUGAAUAGAAAUACUUAUUUGAUUGGAAAUCACUUACAUCCUAUGAACACAUACCAUAUUUGCGUUUCAUAAAUAUUUUUACUUAUGUUCUGUGGAGAACAAUUUUUAUUCAAAGUAAAUACACUAAUCUCAACCACAAAAAAUAAAACAUGUAUUACUUCGAAGGUGUUGCCAUUUUAUGAAAGAAAGAAAGAAACCCCAGAGACUUUUUUUUAAAAUUAUAACUCAAAUACUGAUUUCUUAUUUUGCUGUAUUAUGUAUAAAUCAAAAAUGAAUAGUAAUCUGUAUCUAAUGAUAUUGUAAACAUAAAAUUCUAUUAAAUAUUCAACAUUUAACAUUUUGAUUAAUCAUUGUAAGUUUAUUUCUUACUAUUGAAAAGUGUUGAUAUUUUAAUAAACAAUAAUUUUUUCAUUAUUAUUAUUAUUAUUAUUAUUAUUACCAUUAUGGGAUUUACAUCCAAAACUGUAUCUUUGUCUUAAUGUGAUAUGGCAACUUGAACUGAUGUAUGUACGUACAAAGUUCUACGUUGUUGACUGACUGACUGAUAUAUAUACUCAUGAAAUUAUUCUAUUUUUUAUUUUCUUCUAAAUAUUUUAUUUUAAUAUGGAAACAAUUCGUUUUUUGUUUUAAAAAUUGAAAAUCGAAACAAAAAUAAUAUUUGAUAUUAUUUAAAUUGAAUUGAAAUGUACUUCUUUCUCUUUUUUUUACUUUUCACUUUCUUUACGUAUGAUGUAUCUGUUAUUUAAUUGUUUGCCUUUACUGACUUCUUAACUAAAUGUAUUUAUUUAUUCAAUGUAUUCUUUUUUAAUGAUCAGAUAUGUAUGAAUGUUUUCAUAAAGUACUAAUAAAUUUCAUAAUAAUUGUAAUUCAUCUAUUUCUUAUAGUUUACUUAUUGCAAACAGUUUUAAAGUUUCAAUGGUUUCACUUUCUCAAGUUAAUACUAUUUAUAUUAAAUAAAAGAGUAAUAUAGUUGCUGGGUAGUUUACUUUAAUUUUUCAACAAAAAGAAACCAUGAAAAGAAAACACCGGCACCAAGACUAGCCUGUAUAAUUUGUGCUCAACAGAAGUUUAACCGAAAAAAAUUCCUGCUUUUGUUGUUGUUGUAUGAUUUUUUUUAAAAAUAAAAGAUUUAUCACUAUGGAUCAA